AUGAAAGAAGAUGAAGAAAAGCGAAGACAAGAAGAGAAAGUGGAAAAGGAGCAGCGUAGGGAGGUAAAGGAAAAGCGUAGGCAAGAAGUCGAAGAGAUGCGUAGACAAGAAGAGGAAGAGAAGGAGGAGAGGCAUAGACAAGAAGAGGAACUGAAGGAGGAGAGUCGUAGACAAGCAAAAGUAGAAGUUAUGAACAUUACUAAUGUCGAAUCCGAACAAACAGCCUUUUCUUCUUCCAUCGUUGAUCCAGGCACAAUUAGAAGUAGCAAAAUUUUAAACCCACCCACGUUCGAUGGCCAAACAGCGUGGGAAACUUAUCGUUUUCAAUUCGAAAAUGGCUGGAAUGAAAACGCAAUGGCAGCUUCCUUGGUGGUGUCGCUUCGAGGGACUUUUUCUAUGUAG